CGGCUCGCGCACUUGCUGAGGCAACGGAACGCUGUGAGAAGGCAACUCAGCUGUCGCACUUCAGCGUCUCUAUAAGGCGGUCAGACACAACAGAUUGUACCAAACACAGACAGAGUGAAACGGGAGGAUGGCGGUGAAUGUCUACGCCACCUCUGUGACCGUAGAGAACCUGAGUCGUCAUGACAUGUUGGCAUGGGUGAAUGACAUUCUACAGCUCACCUAUACAAAGAUAGAGCAGCUCUGUACAGGUGCUGCUUACUGCCAGUUCAUGGACAUGCUGUUUCCAGGCUGCAUAUUAUUGAAGAAAGUGAAGUUCAAUUCUAAAUUGGAACAUGAAUAUAUCCAUAAUUUUAAAGUAUUACAGGCUGCAUUCAAGAGAAUGGAUGUGGACAAGAUCAUCCCUGUGGAGAGGUUAGUAAAGGGGAAGUUCCAGGACAACUUUGAGUUCCUUCAGUGGUUCAAGAAGUUUUUUGAUGCAAACUAUGAUGGGAAAGAAUAUGAUCCUGUACAGUCACGGCAGGCCCAGGAGGGAACGCCACCUCCAUCCAACCCAGGUCCGAUUAGAACAUCUCCCACAGCACCGAAGACUGUCCCCAGCUCACAGAGGCAGACCAACACUUCAGCAGUCCGCAGGAACACUCCCGUGGUCCGUAAUGGGGCAGAUGCUGAGCUCAUGGAGCUCAACCAGCAGUUGCUGGAUCUGAAGCUGACUGUGGAUGGACUGGAGAAGGAGAGGGACUUCUACUUUGGAAAGUUGAGAGACAUCGAGCUCAUCUGCCAGGAACAUGAAAAUGAAAACAGCCCAGUCCUCAGCAAAAUUAUGGACAUACUCUAUGCUACAGAGGAGGGAUUUGCACCGCCUGAGGAUGAUGAAAUUGAUGAAGGGACACGAGACCAGGAAUUCUGAAUGAUUUAUCAGCAUCAAUCUUCCUCACCUUCCACCCUUUAACUGACAACAUCUUUUUAUUUAUUUAUGUUUUUUUGACAUGAUCCCUUUACUGGUCCCACUUUUCCCUGUGGCUGUCUGCUGUAUCUAUCCCAUCAUGAUGUUGCUAUACAGCCUGGCUUCCCAAACUCUGGUUUGGACUCAGGCUCUGCAACCUUGCUCGGGUAACUUGGCGUAUUGAAACCUGUCUUUAGAGAACAGCUGUACAUAUGUUUAGGACUAGUUUAGCCCAGUAAGGUUCACCUCUGGAUAUGUUGGUCUGUUAAUUAUUUGAUGUUAAUUGCAGUGAGACUAAGGCAUCUUGCACUGGCAGCCCAGAGUCUGUCUGCAGAGGUAACUGACUUUGCUAACUGUCACAGAGUUUGAUCAGUUACAGGAUGUUUUCUGUAAAUUUUCCAAUAUGGGAAAUUGAGAUUUUUUUAUAUCCCUUUGUAAAGCAUUUUAGAAGCCCGCACGUCUGUUGUUGUACAUAACGCAUAUUGUGAACUUACAUUUAGCCCACAGACAUAUCACAGACUUUGAUGCCCUCAUGUGUGCAAGUCAUUCGUCAUAAUGUUCGUGCAUGUGCACACUGUCCCACCGCAGAGGGUUUUCUCAUCAAAGUGCUCACAGAUUGUUUAUGGAGCUGUCUGGACUUGCAGCGCUUUCAGAGCCUUUUUGAAGAGCAAAAAAAC